CGCCGCAUCGAUAUCACAAUAUCGAUAUCAUUGAUGCCAAGACCUGUCCUGUAAAUUUAUUAAUUUUAUUAACAUAUAGAUGCUACAUAUGUAUGUCAAUGUUGCCGUAAUAUAAUGUUACAAUAACUGCCUUGCGCUGAGGGACAGUGCAAGAAAUUCGUGUAGUAACUAUAUAUAGAUAUAUAAGCCAAAUCGAAAUUUUGCCGUUUUUACUUUGGUAAAACAGGUAAAUUUUUGGUACUUUGAUCACACAAGUCAUGCCACGAGGUAAACGUAGAGCUCCAGAAAUCGGUGACAAUAUGGAUGGCCAAUCAAAAAGAGCACGCACCAGCUACAUAACUAUAGCGACACAACAAAGCAGCAGACGCCAUAUAAGAGCAGAAGACGGCUUUAGCCAGAAACGCUGCCUCGCCUGGUUCCACGAAUACACCACGCCCGAUGAGCCUGAUACACUGGGACCAGAUGGCAUGGAGAAAUUCUGUGAAGAUAUUGGCGUUGAGCCCGAGAAUAUUGUGAUGCUUGUGCUCGCCUACAAAAUGGGUGCCACACAGAUGGGAUUCUUCAGUCAGCAAGAGUGGUUAAAAGGUCUCACGGAUCUCGAAUGUGAUUCGACAGCAAAAAUGGUUGUGAAACUGGACUAUCUGCGCAGCAUACUCAACGAUCCCAACUCCUUCAAGAGUAUAUACCGAUACGCCUAUGAUUUUGCCAAGGACUCGGAUCAGCGAAGCAUGGAUAUUCUGACGGCUAAAGCGAUGCUACAAUUACUUCUGGGCAAGCAUUGGACACUGUAUCCACAAUUUGCGCAAUUCCUAGAGCAAUCCAAGUACAAGGUUAUUAAUAAGGAUCAAUGGUGUAAUAUACUCGAGUUUUCGCGCACAAUCUGUAUUGAUUUGUCAAACUAUGAUAUUGAUGGAGCAUGGCCCGUCAUGCUGGAUGAAUUUGUGGAAUGGCUGCGUUUGCAACGCGGGCUAGUCGUUGGGAGCUCGGGAUCCAGCUGAGAGUGCCUGGAUCGGAUAAUUUUAGUUCAACUUUAGAAAUUCUGUAGUGUCUAUCAUGAGACGAUCGGCGAUACACACACAACGACAUGCAAAACGCAAAGCCCUCCUCCAUUGCACACGCUAACUCUGACACAAACAUACGUACACCAAGAAAGAGACACAAGGCACUUGAGACUGCGUAAAACUUUCAAAAAAAAAAAAGAAGAAAAACCAACUAUAAAACAACACUAUUGAUAUAUAUAUAUAUAUAUAAUUAAUGUAAUAAUUUAAUUGUAAACAUUUAAAAAACAAUCUACAUAAAGUGUUACUUUUAAGGCAUCACUGAAACUGGUAAUAGACAACAGUUUUACAGUAAGCUCAUUUCGAAACCAUCGUAAAAGCGUCGCAAUAACCUAAAACUGAACGAAUGCCAAUAUACAAGUAACAAAAAUAUUAUACGAUUCAAGCAUACAUACAUAUGUAUGUAUUUCUAAGUGGCAUAGUCAAACUUAUAUCCGUAGUUAAAAAACUUAAGGGUCUUCUCGCUUUUUGAGGAAGUGGAUAAGCAAGCAGGAGCUUUUUGGAGAUCAUAAUAUCCAAUAAACUUAUUGAAAUACA